CUUAAGUCACACACCGCUAGAGUUCCUUUACAACUGCAGCGCCAAAACCAACGCCCAUUCUGGAACUCGCGACCCCAUCUACGACUGAUAGAACUCUGCAUUGCGCAUACAAUACGACAGCUCCUUUCAGAAACUGCCAGGAUGCAAUAGGAGCAUCGUCCGGGCUCGGCUGCGGACCGCCGAGCUGUUAGUGCGGACAGGUGCUUGGCGGCAUUGGUGCGGGCAUGGCGCACUACCCCAAGCUUCCUGAGGAGUAUGAGGAAGACGAGCUCGGCGGCGGCCGUCACGCCUCGCUACCCAGCAAGGAGCAGCGCGUGCUGAGGGGGCACGAGGGCGCUGUGCUGGCUGUGCGCUUCAACCCACACGGCUCCUACUGCUUGUCCUGUGGCAAGGACCGCACCAUCCGCCUGUGGAACCCGCACUCGGGUGUGCUGGUCAAGACCUACGCGGGACAUGGCUACGAGGUACGCGACGCCGCCGUGUGCCGCGACAACUCCAAGUUCGCGAGCGUGGGCGGCGACAAGCCCGUGUUCCUGUGGGACGUGGCUUCCGGCGCCUUCAUCAGGAAGCUGAGGGGCCAUGACGGCACCAUCAAUGCGGUGCGCUGGGCGGCGGAGGACCAGGUGCUGCUCACGGCGGGGUACGACCAGUGCGUAAAGGUGUGGGACAUGAAGUCACGCAGUAUCGACCCCAUCCAGGUCAUCAAGGGCUUCCAGGACAGCGUGACGGCCGUGGUGGCCUCGGGCAACUCCAUCCUCGCCGCCUCCGUGGACGGCACCGUGCGCCGCUUCGACGUGCGCACCGGCACCGCCCUCACCGACCGCCUGCACCACCCCGUCACCGGCCUGGCCGUGACGGCGGACGGGCUGUGUGUGCUGGCGGCAUGUCUGGACAGCUGCCUGCGGCUGCUGGAUGCGGGCAGCGGGCAGCAGCUGGCAGCCUACACGGCACCCGGGUACCUGCACGAGAGCGUCAAGAUGGACUGCUGCCUCACGCCCAGCGAUGCGUAUGUGGUGGGCAGCUCGGAGACGGGCGAGGUGUUUUACUGGGACCUGGUCGAGAGCGAUAAGGUGGUGACGUCCUUCAAAGCGCACGGCGGCGUGGUGACCAGCAUGGCCAUGCAUCCCGACGGCCAGCUGCUGCUGACCAGCAGUGUGGACGGCGCCGUCAAGGUGUGGGGCAAAACCGCGGCUGGCGCGGAGGCUGAGGGCGAGGAAGGGGAGGAUGAGGAUUAGCGUGUGGGCGCGGGCUGCUGGGGGUGCCAAGAAUGCUGGUGAGUGGUGGUGUAAUGCCUUUAUGUGGGUGGGUUAUGAAUCCGUCAAAAUGACUGGGUGUGUACUGCUGUCGCGGUGAAGAAUGUGUUAGUUGUUGGGGUGAGGGAGGUGUCGGCUCUUGGGGCGAAUGCUGCGAUGGGCGCGAUGGGCAGGUCCGAGAAAGAGAGGAGGGGAUGUCAUGGGCUGGCUAUGUUGAAUUACAUGCAACAUAUGCUAAGCGACUGGCAAGUUCGUGCGUGCUGGUCAAGCCAACAUAAUUCUUACCGUUUCGCGACGGUUUCCCGUUCGAACGACAGACUUGAGCUGUCCUUUAAAAUCCUUAAGACGCU